AUGGAGGGCUCGACUACAACGACCUGCUUUGACGUUGUCAUUGUUGGCGCGGGAAUGUCCGGCAUCAACGCUGCCUAUCGAGUGCAGAACGAGACAUCCGCAGGCACGAACUACGUUAUUCUAGAAAGCCGAGACGCUCUUGGGGGGACAUGGGAUCUCUUUCGAUAUCCGGGCCUUCGCUCCGACUCCGACAUGUUCACAUUCGGGCUGCCCUGGGAUCCAUGGAACCAGCCCCGGUCAAUGGCCAGCGGGCAGGACAUAAAGAACUACAUGAGCGAAGCCGCCCAGAGAUCUGGAAUAGCUAGCAAAAUCCGCUAUGGCCACACCGUCACAGCGGCUAGCUGGAAAUCAAAGACGAUGAAUUGGGAGUUAGAAGUCUCUGUGGCUGGCAAAGACGAGCCUAUUAUCCUCAAGGCCAAGUUCGCGCUCCUCGGGACUGGCUACUAUAAUUAUAAAACGCCGCUUCAAGCACAUAUUCCUGGGAUCGACAACUUUGGGGGUGAAGUCAUCCACCCGCAGUUCUGGCCCAAAGCCUACGACUAUCCUGGCAAAAAUAUUGUCAUCAUCGGGAGCGGAGCCACAGCCGUGACGCUUGUUCCGUCCGUUGCGGACAAGGCAGAGCGAGUCACAAUGCUUCAGAGAAGCCCGACAUAUAUCCUCGCAUUAUUGGACACGCACUUCAUCAUAAGUUUUCUCUUCGCCGCUCUACCGAAGUCAGGUGCGUCGUCUAUUUUGUGGUUCGUGUACCUCUUGGGCAGUGUUCUCUCCAAUCUUUUUUGCGAGCUAUCACCCGAACUCGCUAAGCUUUUCAUCAAAGCGGUCACACUCCGGCAGCUGCCGUCUGAAAUCAAAUGA